CCUGCGGAGCGCCGCGGCUGGGCGGGCGUGGGCGCGUGCGGUGCGGUGCGGUGCGGGCGCGGGCGCGGGGCGGCGCGGCUCGGGGCCGGGGCGGCGGCGGCAUGGCGGAGAGCGAGGCCGAGACCCCCAGCACCCCGGGCGAGUUCGAGAGCAAGUACUUCGAGUUCCACGGCGUGCGGCUGCCGCCCUUCUGCCGCGGGAAGAUGGAGGAGAUCGCCAACUUCCCGGUGCGGCCCAGCGACGUGUGGAUCGUCACCUACCCCAAGUCCGGCACCAGCUUGCUGCAGGAGGUGGUCUACCUGGUGAGCCAGGGCGCCGACCCCGAUGAGAUCGGCUUGAUGAACAUUGACGAGCAGCUUCCGGUCCUGGAGUACCCGCAGCCGGGCCUGGACAUCAUCAAGGAGCUGACGUCGCCCCGCCUCGUCAAAAGCCACCUCCCCUACCGCUUCCUGCCCUCCGAUCUGCACAGCGGCGACUCCAAGGUCAUAUACAUGGCUCGGAACCCCAAGGACCUGGUGGUGUCCUAUUACCAGUUCCACCGCUCCCUGCGCACCAUGAGCUACCGGGGCACGUUCCAGGAGUUCUGCCGGAGGUUCAUGAACGACAAGUUGGGCUACGGCUCCUGGUUCGAGCACGUGCAGGAAUUCUGGGAGCACCGCACGGACGCCAACGUGCUUUUCCUCAAGUAUGAAGACAUGCACCGGGACCUGGUGACAAUGGUGGAGCAGCUGGCCAGGUUCCUCGGGGUGCCCUGCGACAAGGCGCAGCUGGAGGCCCUGACCGAGCACUGCCACCAGCUCGUGGACCAGUGCUGCAACGCCGAGGCCCUGCCCGUGGGCCGGGGGCGCGUCGGGCUGUGGAAGGACAUCUUCACUGUGUCCAUGAACGAGAAGUUCGACCUGGUGUACAAACAGAAGAUGGGGAAGUGCGACCUCACGUUCGACUUUUACUUGUAGCUCCAGCAACAGCAGCCCUGCAUGCUCACUGUCCCCAGACACCUCGCUACAGUCCUGUAGGCACGCACUCACCUCGCCGGGCCAGCUCCGGGAG